AUGAAAAGAAACAAAGAUUUAGAUGGAGAUUCAUUUCAGAAGAAAAAAGCGGGAUCUUGUCCAAACUGUUACAAGACUGUGUAUGAAUUUUGCCAAGAAUGUCGAAUUAGCCUUACAUCACAUAAAUUUAUACAGUCUAAACAGAAAGAUGGUUUUUUUCCUACAACACAACAUACAAACUACAAGUUUACACAGGAUAACACAAAAGCAUCAGAUGAUAAACAAGUUGAAAAAGACUUGAUAGUCGAUGGAAGUGUUUUAAUUAAUCAGAACACUGGUGAUGUUGAUAUUGAUGAGGAUUUUGAAAAAGUGAUUAACCAGAUUAAAUCAAAAUCAGUUAAGAAUAAAAGUAAAGAAUUGAGCAGUUCAUUUAAGCAAAACCUUGUUCCGUUAGAUGCCUUCUUUUCAAAUGAGCUAAAUAAAAGCAAUAAUGAAAGUGUUAAAGAGUCAACUAAAGAGGAAAAAACACCUGAAAGUAUCAAAACCACACAUCAAACAUUUAAAAAAGAGACGAAAGACGUGUAUUAUCAACAACCUCAAUAUCGAGGAGAGGAUCAAAUGCAAAUGAGAAAGCAACGCUUUGAAACUUCUUAUCCUAACAAUUUCUAUUUAGACAAUCAACCAAUCAUCAAGAAUAAAAGAUAUAAUCUUAACAACAAUAUUCCUAUCAAUAACAAUUCUCAAUUUAACAAUUUGCCAAUGAAUAACAUGCCAGUGAAUAGUAACAACAUUCCUAUGAAUAUAGGUUUCAAUAAUUUUAAUAAUUCUUACAUGCCAAUUAGUAAUAAAAAACCUAAUAUGCAUUUUAUGAAUAUCAAUCAUCCUAAAAAUUAUAAAAUGAUGAACUUUCCUAAUAAAAUGAUGAUGAAUAGAACAAUGAUACCUAAUUUAAGACCUACACGGGAAAUGGAGAUGAACCAAAAGAUGAUGAAUGUUAAUAAUUCACAGAAAAGAUUUAAUGUUAAUCACUAUAUGAUGCCACAAGAAACUUUCAAUCCCCAAUUUAAUCCUUCCAUUUAUGGAUACAAUCCAAAAAUGGACCCAAGAAUGAUCCAUAAAGAAACAGCAAAUGAUCCUAAUCAGUUAAAAAUCAAGAAUAGUGAAUUUUUUCAGUCACCACCAUUAAUGCAUGCGACUAAAAAAACAAAUUGUCUAACCCAAAUGGAUAUCAUGAUAAGAGAUCAAAAAAAUAAAGAAAAAAUAGCAGCAUCAAGUGAUCGAAGUAGAAUAAAACAAUCCCCGCACCAUAAAGAGAAGUUAAAGAAAAGAGGCCGAAAACCUAAAAAUUAUGAAAAUUCACUAUCAGGGAGUAAUCAAGGUCUUCAAUCAAUUUUUAAGAAAAAAGUUGAUUUUGAUAUGACACCAGAAAAAUGGAAUGCUCUUUUUGAUUUUAAACCAGUUGUAAUAACUCAACCUAAAUUGGGUGAUCAUAUUAAAGCAAGAAUUAUUAAUCAAAAGAAUAAAGAAAAUAAAUCAUAA